AUGUCGCGCUUUGUCUCGGGAGGAACUGUGGACAAACCCACCGAACGCGAUGAUGAAUGGCUGAAAGCACAAGAACAAAUUGAAGCUGCGCGACGGAAGAAGGAGGAUGAAAGCAGACAGCACGGCGGAAAGAGCUUGUACGAGGUGCUUCAGGCUAAUAAAGAUGCGAAGCAGGACGCCUUUGAAGAGGCAGCUAAACUCAAGAAUCAAUUCAGGUCAUUGGAUCAAGAUGAAGUCGAGUUUCUGGAUACCGUCAUGGAAACGACGAGAGCCAAGGAGGAUGCUGUAAGAAAGGAGACUGCUGAGCAACUUGAAGCCUUCAGGCGACAGCAAGAAGAUACCGAGAAAGCUUCCCGCGAGGCUGCGCCUGAGGCGAGCAAUCAAUCUGAAAGCGACACCUGGGCAUUCAAUGCUCGCAAGCGUAAAAGAAACCGGGAGAAGGAAGCGAUUGCAGGCAUCAAGCUGCGCAAGAGCUCUUCUUCCAUGGCACAGAUGACUGAAGAUGCAGGAGCAACAUCAGGAGCAGUAUCAGACGACAAGAAGCAGUCACCGCCGAGUCCUGGUCCUGCGCCUGCGAGCCAAUCUGCGUCGGCCAAACCUGUGCAACCACUCGUUGCGGCCAUGGACGAGGUCGUUUCCGACCAGGUCAACAAGGCACCGGCGACAGUUCGUGCUUCAGCAUCCCCCAAACCCGCUGCCGCUCUUGGUCUCGCGGCCUACUCAUCAGACGACGACGACGAUUGA